AUGCAGCGGCCAGGAGAGCCUGGUGCCGCGCUCUACGGCCCUGCGGAAGGCUGCGCUGACCAUCGAUCACACCGUUACCGCAGCUUCAUGAUUGAGGAGAUCCUCACCGAGCCGCCGGGGCCCAAGGGCGCUGCACCCGCCGCAGCCGCGGCUGCUGCUGCAGGCGAACUGCUCAAGUUCGGCGUACAGGCGCUGCUGGCGGCGCGACCCUUCCACAGCCACCUGGCCGUGCUAAAGGCUGAGCAAGCUGCAGUGUUCAAGUUCCCUUUGGCGCCGCUCAGCUGUUCGGGGCUAGGGUCGGCGUUAUUGGCCGCGGGGCCUGGGCUGCCUGGCGCUGGGGGCACGCCGCACCUGCCUCUAGAGCUGCAGCUCCGCGGGAAGCUAGAGGCGCCGGGCCCAGGGGAACCCGGCACCAAGGCCAAGAAAGGACGCCGGAGCCGCACCGUAUUCACCGAGUUGCAGCUGAUGGGCCUGGAGAAACGCUUUGAGAAGCAGAAAUACCUCUCCACGCCGGACAGAAUAGAUCUCGCGGAGUCCCUGGGCCUGAGUCAGUUGCAGGUGAAGACGUGGUAUCAGAAUCGAAGGAUGAAGUGGAAGAAAAUAGUGCUGCAGGGCGGAGGCCUGGAGUCCCCUACCAAGCCGAAGGGGCGGCCCAAGAAGAACUCCAUCCCCACUAGCGAGCAGCUCACAGAGCAGGAGCGCGCCAAGGAGGCGGAGAAGCAGGCGGAGGAGCCAGCGGAGCCAACAGACAGGAGCCGCGAUGACUGA